AUGCAGGAAGACAUAGAAUAUGAUGUCCUUACUAUUCAAACCCCAAAGAGGGCUCGCUGGUACACCCGCCUGUGGCCCUCAUGCCUGGGUCAUGGGUGCUCGUGUCGCAAAAGACGAGGACAACAACGGAAAUUUCCCCUCUACCUGAUCGGGUAUGACCCUAUUGGAGAACUCCAAAGGGCAGCCAGUGUCGGGGACGUGACUUCAAUAGAGCAAUUUAUGAACAGCCAGGAACACCACGUGGAUGAGCACGACACAAAGCACAGGACACCACUCCAUUACGCCUGUGCACACAAUCAUCCAGACGUGGUAAAAUAUUUGUUAUCCAAAAAGGCCUGUAUUGACGUCCAGGAUGAUGAAGGCUGCACACCCUUGAUGAAGGCCACACAGAGGGACAAUGUGGAGUGUGUUUCGAUAUUACUGAUUGCGGGUGCUAAUCCCCACCUGAUGGAUUUAAGUGGGAAUACAGCCCUGCACCAUGCUGUUUCAAGGGGCAACACAACAAUUGCUAGCAAACUGCUUGAGUACAAUGCAAACAUUGAAGCAAAAACGGAGUGCGGGUUGACACCAUUUAAACUUGCAUUAUUUGAAGAAAAAUACCAAAUGGCACAGUUUUUAAAACAGAAUGGUGCAAUUGCACCUUUGGAGGUUGAGUCAUACAG